ACCACUCAAUGCUGCUCUUCGGGUUAACAAGCUGCACUUCUGGCCACAGCCCAGCUGGUGAUGUCACUGCAGCUGAGAACAAGGCGUACAGAGCUGCAGCCGUGCGAGUGAAGACACAAAUCAAAGGCUUCAAUGAUAAUCCACAGUGAGAGAUGACGGACUCUGAGGUCUCUGUGCUGCUGCACUGUGCAGCCUGGAGGGGCCUGCUUCAGUCUCAAGUACAAGUGGAGCUCUCCGAAAGAUUCAAAAGGCAGACGGAUCCGUCCCUGGAGCAACAAAUAGAGGAGGUGUGGACGGAGCGGGUGUCCAAGGAGCCGUGGCUUUUCAAUGGGUCCAAAUUCAGACUGCACUCUUUCUGCUCGGCCUCAUCGUCCUCUGUUUCUCCCAAACGUCCACCCAACACUCAUCCACCAACCAUGCCCCUCUUAGACUGUGCGGAGCAACAGGGAGGGGAUUUUAAACACAGUCGACAAAGGAUGGAUGAGAUUUUGUGCAUCAAUGAUUCUCUCCAUGAUGCUGUUCAGAAGAGCAGUUUGGACAAAAUAAGUAGACCUGUGAAUCAGAGAGAAAUUGUAGAUAGUGUUGGUGCAUUUUCACAAGCUUCCUCCAUUUACAGUGAAUCUAAGAUCAUCUCAGCUGAACGUCCAUCCAAAAACACAGAUGACCAGGAGACCGCUCCGCUCCUCACUCUGAGAUUAGGCCUUACCUGCUACAAAGAUUACCUGGGAACAAACUGGUCGUGUCACGUGGCAGAGCUUCGUCAGCGUGGACAGGUGCAGUUCGGGGAUCCUCUGGCUCUGCUGGCUCAGCCUCUGGGUGUGGGUGGCGUCCUGUGUACAGACGACGGUCAGGUGGUGUUGAUCAGGAGGAGUCAGAGGGUGGCGGAGGCAGGGGGGCAGCUGGACAUCCCCGGAGGUCACCCAGAGCCAAAGGUGGUGUGUGAGCGUCUGGGCCAGGCUGUGUGUGAGGAGCAGAUCAGUGUGGACAUGAUGCAGCAGAGGGCCGUCGUCAUGGAGCUGUUCUCGUCCGUGUGCGCCGAGAUCAGAGACGAGGUGAAUAUUCCUCUGAGCUCCCUCGGAGAGCCGGUCCUGAUGGGCGUCGCUCUGAAUCACACCAGCGCCGGCAGACCAAGUGCAGAGUUCUACGUCAGCUGCUCGUUGACAUCGGAUGAAGUCAGAAAGUUGUACUGGAAAGGAGGAGCGGAGGCCAGUGAGUCCACAGAUAUCAUCUUUAUAGGCAGAACGGAGUUGAUGCAGCUGGACAGGAGCAGCCCUCUGUGGUCGGAGUUGUGUCCGUCAGCUAAAGGAGCCGUGCUGCUUUAUCAGACGGUGAAGCCAGACGGCGAGCGAGGCCAGAGCAGACGACACGACGCUCAGCCGACCGCAUCAUAAAAAUACAUCCACAUA